AGAUAGGAUCGAGUGGAAACGGCGGAAGAAACGAUCAUUUACUGUGGAGAAGACAGCGAUAAAGAGAUAGAGAGGGUAGGGGUUCGAGGAGCUGUGUUUUGUGCGCUUCCUAAUGAUCGGGGAUUGUCGGAGAGCGGCUCGGAGUGGAGAUCCGGCCGGCGGCGGGGAGAAUUGGUGGUCCGGUGAGAUGUUUGCUGAUGAAAACAAGCAGUUGGAGUCGGAGUACGUCAUGAGGCACCACCGCCAUGAUCUUAAAGAGAAUCAGUGCAGCUCUUUUCUUGUCAAGCACAUCAAAUCUCCGGUUCAUCUUGUUUGGUCUUUGGUGAGAAGAUUUGAUCAGCCGCAGAAGUACAAGCCGUUCAUUAGCCGGUGUGUUGUGCAGGGGAAUAUGGAGAUUGGGAGUGUUAGAGAAGUGAAUGUUAAGUCCGGAUUGCCUGCAACCACUUCUAUGGAGAGACUAGAGUUCCUUGAUGACAACGAACAUGUUCUCAGCAUCAAGAUCGUUGGAGGUGAUCAUAGACUCAAGAAUUACUCGUCUAUAAUCAGUGUACAUUCUAAAGUCAUUGAUGGGAGACCAGGAACUCUGGUGAUUGAAUCUUUUGUAGUGGAUGUGCCUGAAGGGAACACCAAGGACGAGACAUGCUUCUUUGUAGAGGCUUUGAUUAGGUGUAACCUCAAGUCAUUAGCUGAUGUUUCUGAACGUAUGGCUGUGCAGGAUCAAACAGAACCUAUUGAUCAGUGCUAAGUGGUUAUUGUUGGUGGCUUCAUGAAAAUCUGCAUGGCUGCAACUUAUUUGGCUUUCAGGACAUGAUAAACUAUUUUUCUAUCCGAUUUCCUCGUUACUUUCAUCAUGAAAUUCCUCCCACCCAAAAUCCCCACGAGUUAGAAGUGAAAUGAUUUGUAGGAGAGAAGUGAAGAAAGAAUCCUACGUCCGCAUAUACAUCCUUAAUGACCUUGCCCAUUUUCAUGUUUUCUAACUAGUCUCUUUUUUUUUUCCCAAGUGAUCUUCAGAUCAGUGUGCAUACAUAGAAGAACUCUGAAUUUUCUUGGAGUUUGCCUGUGGGUAGUGGUGCUACUGUUGGCCUUUUUCUGCUACGAUUUGCUCCUUUUGGUGUGUCUGUUGGCAGACAGCCAGAAACUGUACACUUUGUUAUAAAUAGUCAGAAUGAAUCUCAUGCUUUGGAUAUUGGAAUGAA